UGUCAGGGCGCGUCGCAAGGAUUAGCGAACAAUGAUGUCGAUCCCGCUCAAAGUGAGUAGACGCUCCGUUUCGGCGCAAAUGUUUGCUGCCUUUUUCUUCCGCACCAGCAACCGGCUACACUCCUCUACCAUGCGUCUCCGGGUCGUGCAGAGCGCAAUUGUUUCAUAGCGCCCCAUCUCCCGGACCGAAUUCGUCUCGUCUUGUCUUGAGCUGCUGAGCGCAUGCGCAUCCGCCACGCCAGAUAAGAGAAAGAAGAGCAGCAGCCUUGUUGUUAUCUGGUCUCCGCGCAACUCUUCCUCUUCGCAGGACUAUUAGAACUCUGAUCUCUCGCUCCCCCAUAGUUCUUUCAGCCAUGGCAGACUCUCCGUCAACACCUCCCUCUAAAUCGCCCUCUCCAGCCAGCCUCCCGCGCCUCGUCAGCUCUAAGCUCUUCCUCCCUCUUACACACGAGCCAACUGCCCUAUCAACGCGUGGCCAACAUCUACCAAGCCUGCUCUACCGCAGACCGUCCACCAUUCGUAGUAACGAGCGUAGAGGAAGCGACACCGACGAUGAAGACCUAGAAAGCUCUAGACAUGGGCUGCUAAUGCAAUAUGAUCGGGAUUUAGAUCGUAGGAACAGUGUGGGUGCACAUGCAUUGAAUACACCGCAGAUGAGGAGCCAACGGUUGAUUGGCAAUUCGAAUCCAAGGUACAAGUGGGAGAGGUACUACAAACGGGACGAGGAGCUCAAGGGUAUGAAGAAGCCAAUACGAGAGUACUACGAGCGCAACAACCAGCUCCUCCAGCACUACAUGUACAUCGAUCGCCUGCUUGACUCGUCUCUCCCACACAAUUUGAUUCAAGAGUACACGAAUCUCGAAUCGGGCGCAGUCAAGAUCCCGUCCACAAUCACCGAGGAGUCGUCGGCAGCCUCUACCCCUCUGGCCAUUACCCCUGGCGCCAACACCCCCGUGAAAUCUAGUGAGAACGGAUCUGGUCUACAGUCUAGUCGCACGUCAGCAAGCUACGGCACCAAUGGCACCAAUGGUGCCCCCAAAGCCAUGGUCAAACGCACGCCCAAGAACCUCUACAAAGUCCCUGAGGCCGACGAAAACCAGCCUUUACUUUCGCAAAAUGACGAUCUCUUUGAGGAUGAAGAAGAGGAAGAAGAGAGAGAGGCCAUUGACUCCAAACUCAAGGACUGGGUUCCGGACGAAGAUGAAGACACCGAAUCCCCCAUUGUCAAGCUCGCAAUUUACGUGAACAUGUUCGCAAACACCAUCUUGUUGAUAAUGAAGAUCAUCGUUGCGGUCCUCACAUCCUCGCUCUCCGUGCUUGCCUCCUUGGUCGAUGCAGCGCUCGACUUCCUCAGCACAGCCAUUGUCUGGUUCACAUCGUGGAUGAUCGCCCGGCAGGACCGAUAUGCCUACCCCGUAGGCCGGCGACGCUUGGAACCCAUUGGCGUCCUGAUAUUUUCCGUCAUCAUGAUGACAUCGUUUUUCCAGGUCGGUAUUGAAGGAAUCUCGCGCCUCUCCGGCGAUGACCAUACCGUAGUCCAACUCACUGUGCCAGCUGUAGCCAUCAUGGCUUCAACGGUGGUUAUCAAGGGCUUGUGCUGGGUCUGGUGUCGCCUAAUCCGCAACUCCUCCGUGCAAGCCCUCGCCCAAGACGCCGCAACCGAUGUUGUGUUCAAUACCUUCUCCAUCCUCUUCCCCCUCCUUGGCUACUUCCUUGAUAUCUGGUGGCUAGACAGCUUAGGCGGUAUCUUGCUGUCCGCCUACGUAAUUAUCAACUGGUCUACGACAUCCGCCGAACAUAUCCGUAACCUUACGGGUGCUAGUGCGACGGCAGACCAGAGAAAUGUGCUGCUGUAUAUGACGAUGCGGUUUGCAAAGUCUAUAAAGAGGAUUCAAGGGCUGCAAGCGUACCAUGCAGGGGAUAAACUCAAUGUCGAAGUGGACAUCGUAGUAGAUGUGGACAUGGGGCUGCGUGAUAGUCAUGAUCUUGGCGAGAGUCUGCAAUAUGUUUUGGAGAGUGUGCCGUACGUCGACCGUGCCUUUGUGCAUAUCGAUUACACGGACUAUAAUUUCCCUACGCACAUGUCACAGCAGGAAUAAAUGACUACAAGGCCAUGAGUACCAAGGACCAGCGCCGCCAUUAAACUGGGUUGGAUUCGCGCAUACCUUCUCUGUAACUUAUACCCAUGUAUUAUAGCUAUAGUCUUCAGGUCUUACCUCUCUAGGCAAUAGAAGAAAAAACAUUCGAGACC